AUGGCGUCCCGGCCAGUCGCACGAAGCCUGCGGCACGCGGCCACAGACGCGGCCGCCCCUCCCAGCCGCGUGCCGGCCGCCCCGUCGCCCCCACUUCCCCCGGGCGGCGCGGCGGCGCGCUGGCGCACAGAGCUGUUCCUCAAGCCAGACCUCAAGGUGGACGGCCUGGUUUUCAAAGACCGCAUAAAUGUGGUCAACAAGGCCCCAGAGGACGACCUGCUGGGGGCGCUUGCUGCGCUGCGGGCUGCGUGCCCAGGCGCGGACGUCUGCCUGCAUUACUCACUGAAGAACAACUACAGCAAGAACCCCGGCGCCACCGCCGCCCGCCUGGAGCGCUUCCUGUCAGACGCGGCACGCAGCGGCGCGGCCAGCGUGCUGCUGGUCAGCGGCGGGGGCAAGAAGCGGGCGUUCGACACCGUCGCCGCCCUGCGCCACCUGUCGGGCGCCGGCGGCCUGGGCACAUCUGAUAACGCGCCGGCGCCGCAAAAGCGGCAGCGGCGCGCCGGGGGCGGCGGCGGCGAACGCGGUCCCAACGGUCAAGAGGUGGCGGGCGGCGGUGCGGUUGGCAAGGGCGCGGGGCGGGCGGCGGCGUGGCCACCGCUGUAUGUGGCAUUCAACCCUUACCUGCCCAGUGAGGGGGCGCAGCGGCAGGAGGAGGAGUCGCUCAGGAGCAAGCUGGCGACGGGGCUGGUGGCUGGAGUCUAUCUGCAGGUGCUAAAUUGA